AUGGCUCCGUCUUUCGAUACCCUGCGCGACGCAGAGGUCGACGAGGAUGACUACGAUGAGGAUGAGAUCGACGUCUCGGAUCUCCGCGAGAAGUACGAAGUCUCGCUCGAGCAAGGCUACGAUGCCUUUGUCGUCAUCGACGGCCUCCCUGAAGUCAACGAGGAGCAGAAGCCCAAGCUUGUCAAGUUCCUCCUCAAGAAGCUCAACUCUGUCGGCCGGACAAAGGAGGAACUCAUCUUCAUGCCCAUGGGUGAGGAUGGAAAGUCCCUGCGCUUUGCCUUUGUCGAGUACAGCUCGCCCGCCGAAGCCGCCGCCGCGGUCAGGGGCCUCGACCAAACCCCCCUCGACAAGAAGCACACCCUGCGCGUCAACAAGAUGACCGAUGUCGACCGCUACGGCCGCGAGGGCAAGGUCAACGACGAGUACGUCCCGCCCGUCAUUGAAGAGUUCAAGGAGAAGGAGCACUUGAGGUCUUUCCUUGCCGACCCCAGCGGUCGCGGUCGCGAUCAGUUUGCGAUGUACAGAGGCGAGUCGGUCGGCGUUUUCUGGAACAACGAGAAGGAUACACCCGAGAACAUUGUCGACAGACAACACUGGACCGAGAGCUUUGUGCAGUGGUCACCUCUUGGCACUUUUCUGGUCUCGGUUCACGCGCAGGGUGUGCAACUCUGGGGAGGUGCCUCUUGGUCCCGCCAGAAGAGAUUCGCCCACUCCUUUGUCAACAUGUUGGAGUUCUCGCCCAACGAGAAGUACGUCGUUACAUGGUCGAACCGUCCCAUCUCUGUUCCCGACGAGGGCCACCCUCAAUUGUCCGCCUACGACGACGGCAAGAACUACGUCAUUUGGGAUGUCGAGACUGGCAAGCCUCUUCGUUCUUUCGCCAACCUGGACCUGCCUGACCCCUCCGAUCCGAACGCUCCCAAGGUGGGCCCCAAGUCUCCCUGGCCUGCUUUCAAAUGGUCGGCAGACGACAAGUACGUCGCCCGUCUGACUGGUGGUCAAUCCAUCUCCGUAUAUGAGCUCCCCAAGAUGAACCUGCUUGACAAGACGACAAUCAAGCUCGAUGGUGUUGUCGACUUUGAGUGGGCGCCUGCCACUGUCAAGAGAGACGGAGUCAAGGAGUACGAACAACUUUUCUGCUUCUGGACACCCGAGAUGGGAAGCAACCCUGCCAGAGUCGGUCUUAUGAGCAUACCGUCGAAGCAGGUCGUCCGGUCCCUCAACCUCUUCAGUGUCACGGAUGCGAAGCUGCACUGGCAGUCUGAGGGUAGCUACCUUGCCGUCAAGGUUGACAGACAUUCCAAGUCGAAGAAGUCUCUCGCCACCACAUUAGAGAUCUUCCGCGUCAAGGAGAAGGGUGUUCCCGUCGAGGUUGUCGAUGUCAUCAAGGACACAGUCAUCAACUUUGCCUGGGAGCCCAAGGGCGAUCGUUUCGCGAUCAUCUCCACCACUGAGCCUGUUGGCGCUACAGCAGUCCCCCCCAAGACCGCCGUCUCCUUCUUCUGCCCGGAGAAGGCCAAGGGUCCCGUCGCCGGCAACUUCAAGCACUUGCGGACACUUGACAAGAAGAACAGCAACUCGAUCUACUGGUCGCCCAAGGGACGAUUUGUUGUCAUUGCCACCAUUGCCAACACACAAAGCUCAGAUCUUGACUUCUUCGACCUCGACUUUGAGGGCGAAAAGCCCCAGGAAGAGAAGGAUCUCACAGCGUGCCUGCAGCUCCUCAACACAGCCGACCACUACGGCGUCACAGAUCUUCAGUGGGACCCUUCAGGUCGUUUUGUUGCAUCGUGGGCGUCGGCGUGGAAGCACUCUAUGGAAAACGGCUACCACCUGUACGAUUUCCGCGGCGAGCAGCUUCGCGAGGAGCUCGUCGAGAAGUUCAAGCAGUGGCUGUGGCGGCCUCGCCCCGCCACGCUUCUGACCAAGGACGAGCAGAAGCAGGUCCGCAAGAACCUGCGUGAGUACUCGAAGAUCUUCGAGCAGGAGGAUGCCGAGCGUGGUGCCUCGGCCGACUUGGCCGUCGUCGAGGAGAGGAGACGUAUCCUCGACGAGUGGCUCGCGUGGCGUGCAUCGGUCGAGGAGGAGCUCGCAGAGGACCGCCUCGCUCUUGGCCUGCCGGAGAAGGAGACGCCGGAGGCCGAGAAGACGCCCGAGGAAGGCGAGGCGCAAGUCAUCGAGGAGCUUGUGGAGGAAGUGCUGGAGGAGACCGAGGAGAUUGUUGCGUGA